AUGUCCCCUAUUCUCAAACGGGACGUACACGAGCAACUCCGCCAAGCAAAGAGACUCGCACAAUCCAUCACCGGUACCUCCCCCUCUUACCACGACGGAGAGUACGAUUUCGAGCGGGGUCAUGGCGACUCUUACGCUUCGCCCUCCACCGCAGGCCCCUCUCGCCCUGCUACAGGCAUAGGCAUAGGCGUAGGGGCCGGAAAUACGAACACGAAGCAUGAGGGAAAUAGGCGGUCCGUCGAGAUAUACACGUCGAGUAGUCAUCCGAGGCGCGGGAUAGGAGUGCGAGAUGUCGAAGUGCAGGAUGAGGGCGGAUGGAGGGGGAGUAUGGUCGCGGAAGAAGAGGGGGAUGGGCGCGCGGAGAGCAGCGAGAUGGGCAGGAGGCGCGUCAGUGGGGAGGUAUACGCAAAGGAGGAUAAUGGGUGGGAGGGGAGUGAAGCGGGAGACGGAGAAGCGGCGGCGUUUUUGCCCCAAGGAACGACAGGGACGGUGCAUACGACGUAUCCACCAAGGACGCCAGCGCUGCCGCAUCUCGUCUCACCUGGAGCCGGGCCGAGCACCAGCGGCCGGCCAGCGAGGGAAGAAGCGACAGGUCCAUCAAGCGCUCUUGCCGAUCUACGCAAUCUACUCGUUGAGUCCACACCCUCCCUCCUCUUCUCUCUCGUCGGUCUCGUGUUCACCGGCGAGCUCCUGGAACACCUCGCCCGCUGGCGCGUCUUUCGCCGAGUCGACGAGCUCUUCAUCCUCGUCCCCAUGCUCGGCAACCUCAAGGGCAACCUCGAGAUGUGUCUCUCCGCCCGACUGGGUACCUCCGCCAAUAUCGGCGAGCUAGACCACCGCCGUACCCGCCGUGCCCUCUUGAUCGCCAAUAUGACCCUCCUCGGACUGCAGGCACUGCUCAUUGCGAGCUUGGCGGGCGUGAUCAGCUUUGUGCUCGGUCUGCUUACGAUCCAUCGUUUAGGCGAUACGGACAUGAAUAUACCGACGGGGCCGAUACUGGUGGACCCGGGAUUGGCGGUAGGGGAGCAAGAGUGGCAUGAGGGGUAUACUAGGCCAGGAUUCAAGCAGUUGGUGAUGGUCUUGGCGACGGGGAUGGGGGCUGCGGGCUUGAGUUCGGCGGUAUUAGGGAGCUUUAUGAGCUCCGUCAUUGUGAUUUGCAGAUGGUGGGGCAUAGAUCCAGACAAUAUCACUCCCCCCGUUGCCUCAUGCCUGGGCGAUCUACUCACCCUCUUCAUCCUCUCCCUGAUCGGCUCGGCCCUCGUUGGGGUCAUGGACACCCCCAUCCCACUGCUCGCGGUCAUUCUGAUGGCCAUGGCGGCGGGCUGGUUCACUAAACGGGUACUACGGGAUGAGUGGGUCAGAGGAGUCGCCCGAGGAGGCUGGGUCCCACUCAUCGGAGCAAUGUGCAUCUCUAGCGGGACAGGCAUGGUCCUCGACCGCGGUGUGGAGCGAUACAGAGGUUUCGCCCUUCUAGCCAUCUCCAUGACCGGCUUGACAGGCUCAAUAGGCGCCAUCCACGCCAACAGACUUUCCACCUCCCUUCAUACUAAUCUCCAUCCCCGCGCUCUCCAUCCUCGUCCGAACCGCGGUCUCGCGCCCUUCCAUCGCGCCAUCACCCUCUACCUCAUCGCCUUUCCGUGCGAGGCGCUCUUCCUUGGAUUUGUCCACUGGGCGGGAUGGAUAGAUCUGAGUUUGGGAUGGGCGGGAUGGGCUGCUUUUGCUUGUACAACCGGUAUAUCGCUCUUUUUGUCACAUAAUCUCACGCUGUUUUUCUGGUCAAAAGAUCUCGAUCCAGACUCGUAUACUCUGCCAAUACACUCCGCGCUCGUCGAUUUCCUCGGCCAGCUGCUACUCAUGCUGGCAUACGAGAUCUGCAUCGCGCAAGGAGGCGACGUACAGGUCAAGGACAUCGUCGGCUGA